AUGAUUGUGGACCCCAAGAGCAUGAAGCCCGACGAUGCGACGUGGGUACUCACGUCGUCUUUCGUUAUCUUCACCAUGCAAACAGGCUUUGGUCUGCUCGAGUCCGGUUGCGUGUCCAAGAAAAACGAGGUGAACAUCCUGAUGAAGAACGCCGUGGACGUGGUCCUUGGCGGCUUGACCUACUGGUGCGUCGGCUAUGGUCUGCAGAACGGCCGAGGUCCCGGCACCAACCCGUUCUGCGGCGUUGGCUCCUUCUUCCUGGACGCCGGCUCCGAGGUGAUGGGCGAGGAGUUCGCCAUGUUCAUCUUCCAGCUGUCGUUCGCCACCACGGCCACCACCAUCGUGUCGGGCGCCAUGGCCGAGCGCACAAAUUUCCACGCGUACUGCCUUUUCUCGGCCCUCAGCACGCUCAUGUACUGCAUACCCGCCGGCUGGGUGUGGAGCAGGCACGGGUUCCUCAACCGCAUCGGCGUCAUUGAUUUCGCCGGCUCGGCCUGCGUACACUUGCUCGGAGGCACGUCAGGACUGAUCUCGGCCUUGGUACUCGGCCCUAGACUCAGUUGGGACCGGCACAGCAGGCAGCGCAUGGGCAACCCUACGAACGCCAUGAUCGGCGCAUUCACACUGUGGUGGGGCUCACUUGUCUUCAACAGCGGCAGCACGUUCGGCAUAUCAGACGAAAAAUGGCACUUUGCUGCCAGGUCAGCGGUCUCCACGAUCAAUUCUUCUAUCGGCGGUGGCCUCGUUGGCACUAUUGCAACCUAUCUGGUUCACAAGAAUUUUGACAUUGAAGACAUCAUCACUUCCAUUCUUGGCUCACUUGUGUCGAUAACAGCCGGUUCGGCCUUCUAUCGUUCCUGGGAAGCGUUGCUGAUCGGCGCCGUGGGCGGUCUGUGCACAACUCCGGUGCCGUCCUUGAUGCGUCGCUGGCUGAGCAUCGACGACCCUGUAAAUGCCGCGGCCAUUCAUGGCGUGGGCGGUCUCUGGGGCAUGCUGGCCGUCGGCCUGUUUCUGGACACAACCCGGUACCAGGGCCUGCGUCACCACCGCCUCGGUCUCUUCAAGGGCGGCGGUGGGAGUCUUCUGGGCAUCCAGUUGGCUGCCUGCCUCACCAUCAUCGCCUGGAGCGCAAGCGUCACCUUCCUCGUGCUUAAGUUCAUUAACAAAGUGACGCCGUUACGCAUGCGGCCAUGUGAUGAGUUGCUGGGAGCGGAUUUUGUGGAACACUGCAUCGAUCACCGGGAGCCCGACCAGUCGUUCCCGGUGACCCAUCUUUGCCGAGAUAUGAGCGCCGAGACCGAGCCUCCAGACGCAAGCCUGCUCCAUGCCGAAGACGAGGGCGAGACCGACCAAAAGGAAGACGUCCCCGUCGAGUGCGAUGACAUGGAACGCGCUUCCAGUGCGGGAGACGUGUCUCCGGUGGGUUGCGCCUCGCCGGACUUCCGGCGGGACGCACCGACCCAUUUCUGGGAGACCAUGAGCACCGAGUGCCACGAUGGCCUGGCCAACAAGGAGUCGCUGAACCAGCAGGAGAUGACCAUCAGACUUGUGGCCAACUACAGGAGCAACUGCACCGUCGCCUAG